AUGUACAACGGGAUAGGAUUGCAGACGGCAAGGGGGUCGGGAACUAAUGGUUACAUCCAGACCAAUAGGUUCUUUGUGAGGCCAAGGACGGACAAGGUCGCUCAUGCUUCCAGGGGAUUCGAUGAAGACCAGGGAACUGCAGGGAUAUCCAAAAAGCCCAACAAGGACAUCCUUGAGCACGACCGCAAGCGACAGAUUCAGCUCAAGCUCGUGGUGCUCGAGGACAAGUUGAUUGAGCAAGGUUAUACUGAUGCUGAGAUUGCUGAGAAGAUGGAGGAAGCAAGGAAGACGUUGGAAGCAGCAUCGGCCUCCGAGGGAAGUGGUGGACCUACUUCUUUGAUCUCAGGGGAUGCUAAGAUUUCCAACACACAGUCUCACCAAGUUGCUGCGAGGAAGGAGAGACAGAUGGAAACAUUGAGGGCUGCUCUAGGAAUUCAGUCAACCGAUCCCAACAAAGAUGUUGCUGAUUUGAGUGAUGUUGGACCAUUUGCUGGUGGGAAGAAUGAUGGGAGUAAGUGGAUUAAGAAACCGGAACAUGCCUUCCUGGAUAGAGAUUUUAAAUUGAAGAAAGAUGCUGCAGAAGAUCUGGACAUUGACAAGAGGGCAGCUGGUGCUGCAAAAAGUAGGAAGAAAGUAGAGGAAGCUGAUGAAGCGGGACAAGAUAGAAGGGCACAAGCCAAGAGAAAGAAGCGUCAUCAUGGUUCAGAAUCUGAUAUUAGUAGCAAUGCGGAGGAGGGUGAAGUGACUCGAGGGAAGCAUCGCAAAGUUAGACGCGGUAGUAGUGAUGCCGACAGUGAUUCAGAUUAUGGCAAGAAGAACCGAGUUUCAAAGAAGCAUCGCAAGGGCAGAAGACAUCGAAAAGACAGCGAUGAUUCUGAUUCUGGCCAUGAUACUGAAUCUGAUGAUGGGAAGAAAAAAAAUUCAGAUUACGCUGACAGUGAUUCAGAUUAUGGCAAGAAGAACCGAGUUUCAAAGAAGCAUCGCAAGGGCAGAAGACAUCGAAAAGACAGCUAUGAUUCUGAAUCUGGCCAUGAUACUGACUCUGAUGAUGGGAGAAAAAAAAUUUCAGACAAGCACACUACCGGCAAGCAUGGCCGGAAGAGGGAUGGCUCAUCAUAUGAUGAUGACACUGAUUCAGACAAUGCCAAGAAGAAGAAAAAGCCAAAGAAGAAUGGUAUCCCGAGGAAGCCCAAGAAAAUUAGAAGUGGCAGUGAAAGUGAUGAUUCUUCUGCUGAUGACAGUGAGGGUGAUGAUGGGAAGAAUAAUCCAAAAGUUCAAUCAGAGAAAAGAAGAAAAUCUCAGAGGCGGCAUGACAUUGUCUCUGAUUCUGAUUCUGAUUUUGAAUCUGAGCCAUCCAGACAUAGACUUGGGGAGACAAGACAACAUGCCAAAACAAGAAGGCGACCUGACUCUGAUGCUGAUGUUUCGGCUAAGAGGAAAAACACCCUUAAAGCGCUCAAAGGUUCUAGUGAUGGGAACCAAAGAAGGGAAAAGAAAAUUUUAGGUGCAGGAGUCCAUUUGAAGAACCAAGACUCUGACGUGGACAAUGAAUCAGGUCCGGAGAAAUAUAUUGAACGCAGAAGGGAAUCAGCUAAGAAUGGUGAUAGAGAACACAGAAGGGAAUCAACUAAAAAUGGUGCUGAUUAUGACUCUGCAAGUGAUGGGUCUGAUGACAAAAAAGUGAGGACGAAGAACAAUGAGAAGCAUUUUGAUGGAAUGAGAGAAGGGAAGCGAGAUCUGGAUCUUGGAAAGCAGACUGUUCGGAGAGAAACUGGCCGUGGUAAAAAAGAUAAUACUGUUGAAGAAGAAUUGGAUAGUAAAUUGUACCGGGAUAAGGAUGACUUUGGUCAUGAUCGUUACUCUAGGUCGCUUAAGUCCAGGGAUGGUAUCUCUGAGAAGGUUGGGGAUGCAGAGAGAACAGAGUAUAAGGGUGACGAAUCUCCAUAUGGAAGUCAAAGCCGCCAACGAUAUCGUGAAGGACAUGGGAGGGAGAAUAAGGGCUAUAGGGAAGAGCGGGAUAGGUAUAAAAAAGACUCCAAGGAAGAAUGGGGGAGGGACAGAAGCCACACCAGAGAGGAGCGGGAAAGUGACCAAGAUAUCGUUAGGAAAGAGCUUGGAAGGGACGAUUGGAAUGCUAGGGAAGAACGUGGAAGAGACAAGCAGGAUCCUAGAGAAGAGCAUCUAAGUGGCAGAAGGGACUUCGGAGAGGAACAUGGAAGAGAAAAAAGGGAUUUCAUGAAAGAGCAUGGGAGUGGCAAAAGGGGUGCGAGAGAAGAUCGUCAAAGUGAUAAAAGGGACAUUAGGGAAGAACGUGGAAGAGACACUAGGGAAAAUUGUGACAGCAGAGACAUUAGGGAAGAACGUGGAAGGGACAAGAGGCAUGCUGGGAAGGAAGAAGAUGGUCAUAGAACUAGAAGGAAUGAUAAAGUUGAGCAAGAUGGUGAAAAACGAAAAAGCUUUACUGACAAUGAUGAUGUUCAAAAGCAUGGAACUCGGUGGCAGGAAAGGGAGGAAGAAGGCCAGCAACAAAGUAAAGAUGAUCGGGUGGUUUCCUCCAAGAGAGCCAGAUAUGUCGAUGACCCACAUCAUGAAUACGACAGACGCAGAGACAAUCGACGUGACUACCGCGACUGA